AAACACAGCGAUUCAGCGUCCCACAUGGUGCAGCUGAGGAAGAGGGAGGUCCCUUCCGGGCACAGCAGCGGAAUUCUCCGGCCCAUUCCUAUCCUGUAUCCCUUCCUCUUUUUCACUGUAUGCUUGCCGAUCUUCACAAAUGCAUUGGGCUUCCAAGACAUACGUGAUGGAUUUGUGGGUGCGUCGGAUGAUAUAAAGGAAGGCUUAAGCGGGCUGCGGCUCCCCGGGAUGUGCGCAUACUACGACCCCAUCCACGACCGCUGCCAUGUGGAUAGCAAGAAUGGUGUGCGCACCGAGGUGGCAGGCCGGUGCUCGGAGAGUAUGAGGGGCAUAAUUCCUACCUGCAGUGGUCAUUUGGAUGCUUAUUCGCCACCACAACCAGACUCUAUGCCCGCCCCAGCAACGCCAGUGGAAGUGGACGCCACUGGCAAUAUUGAACAACCACCGUCGCUUCCCCCAUCUCCACCAUCCGAGCCAUCCCCUCCCAAGCCGCCCGUCCGAGCGCCUCCUGAGAAAGACGCCGCCAGAGUUCCAUCCUCUCCUUUCCCCAAGAUCCCUCCAUUCUGGAAGAACAGAGACAGAGAUCCAACCAAAGGACCCGAGGAAGGAGAUCAUGACCAAGGGGCGGACCCAAAACCUGGAGGCAUGAAAGGUUUUGCCUUGUUUGCCGUACUCAUUGGGGCAGCGAUCCUCGCAGCCGUACUCUCAGUUACGGGCGUCGGAUACUACGCCUAUCACACUCGGAGAAAAGCCUGGCGACGUCAAGAACAACUUUUGCAAGCAAGGCAAGCACGGGCGCAGGCGCGUAUAAGUUAUGCUGAGACUUCGCCGCAGGUGGUCACUCCCCGCUCUCUUGGAUUGUAAAGAAAAUGUGAUAAAGAAAGAGGUACCCGAAGAA